GUGCCGCCUUCUGUCUCUGUGUACUUCCGCCUUUUACUUGUGUUUCCCUCAGGCCCUGAGUGGGAAGCGGUUCCGGGGCUGCCGAGUCAAUGAGCUCUUCUGGGGCCAGUGUCACACCACGAGGGAGCGGCAGUUUUAUAGGGAAGGAGAAUUCAGGAGCUUCCAGGCAGGCCAGAUCUUUCAUGACCCCACUCCUUGUCUUCUAACCCAGCAUAUCUUCAGUGUUGUCUACAUUUUUCCAAGAACAAAAGAAAAUGAAUAAAUCCCAGAUUGAACAGAAAUUCCAGGGAUCAGUAUCAUUUAAGGAUGUGACUGUGGGCUUCACCCAGGAAGAGUGGCAACACCUGGACCCAACUCAGAGGUCCCUGUAUAGAGAUGUGAUGCUGGAGAACUACAGUAAUCUUGUCUCAGUGGGGUAUUGUAUUACCAAACCAGAGGUGAUCUUCAGGCUGGAGCAAGGAAAGGAACCAUGGAUAAUGGAGGAAGAAUUCCCAAGCCACAGCUUCCCAGAACCCUGGAAAACUGAUCACAUGAAAGAAAGAAGCCAAGAAGACCUGCCUAAGCAUAUGUGGGAAGUUGUAUUCAUCAAUAACAAAAUGCUGACCAAAGAACGAGGUCGUGUAAUAGGAAAACCAUUUAACUUGGACACAGAUUCUUUUCCUUCCAGAAAAAUACUCUGUCAUUGUGACUCAUGUGAAAUGAGCUUCAACUGUAUUUCAGAACUGGUUAUCAAUAAGAAAAACUAUUUAGGAAAAAAUACUGAUGAAUUUAACACCUGUGGAAAGUUGGUACUUGAUAUUGAACGUGAGAAAACUCAUACUAGAGAGAAAAGUGAAUUUUUUAAAAAUGGGAAAACUUUCAGUCAUAAUGAGGAUCCUGUUCAGCUUGAGAAGAUUCAAACUUUACAGCAAAAUUUUGAAUACAACGUAUAUCAAGAAACCUUUCUUGAAAAGGCGGUAUUCAGUACACACAAGCGAGAGAUCACUGAAGGGAGUGACUGUGAAUAUAAUGCUUAUGGGAGAAUGAUCUGUGAUGACUCAUCCUUCUUGUUCCAUCAGUUAAUUCCCUCAAAGGAACAUCACUAUGAACUUAGUGACUGUGGGAAAUCCUUAUGUAUGAAGUCUACCCUUUUGAAUCAUCAUGGGGCACAUAUGAAACACUAUGAAUGUAAGAAAAGUGGGAAUAAUUUCAGGAGGCAGUUAUACCUCUCACAACUUCAGAAAACUCAUAAAGGAGAGAAACACUUUGAAUGUAAUGAAUGUGGGAAAGCUUUUUGGGAGAAGUCACACCUCACUCGACAUCAGAGGAUACACACAGGAGAGAAACGCUUCCAGUGUAGUGAAUGUGGAAAAACUUUCUGGGAGAAGUCAAACCUAACUAAGCAUCAGCGAUCACACACAGGGGAGAAACCCUAUGAGUGCAAUGAAUGUGGGAAAGCCUUCAGCCACAAGUCAGCCCUCACAUUACACCAGAGAACACAUACAGGGGAGAAACCUUACCAGUGUAAUGCUUGUGGGAAAACAUUUUACCAGAAGUCAGACCUCACUAAACAUCAGCGAACACACACAGGACUGAAACCCUAUGAAUGUUAUGAAUGUGGGAAAUCCUUCUGUAUGAAUUCACACCUUACAGUACAUCAGAGAACUCAUACAGGCGAGAAACCUUUUGAAUGCCCUGAGUGUGGGAAAUCUUUCUGUCAGAAGUCACAUCUUACACAACAUCAGAGAACCCACAUAGGGGAUAAACCCUAUGAAUGUAAUGCAUGCGGAAAAACUUUCUACCACAAGUCAGUGCUCACCAGGCAUCAGAUAAUUCACACAGGGUUGAAACCUUAUGAAUGUUACGAAUGUGGGAAAACCUUCUGCUUGAAGUCGGACCUCACAGUACAUCAGAGAACUCACACAGGGGAGAAACCCUUUGAAUGCCCUGAAUGUGGGAAAUUUUUCAGCCAUAAGUCAACCUUGUCCCAACACUAUAGAACACAUACAGGGGAAAAACCCUAUGAAUGUCACGAAUGUGGAAAAAUCUUUUAUAAUAAGUCAUACCUAACUAAACAUAAUAGAACACACACAGGGGAGAAACCCUAUGAAUGCAGCGAAUGUGGGAAAACCUUCUGCCAGAAGUCACAGCUCACUCAGCACCAGAGAAUUCACAUAGGGGAGAAACCCUAUGAAUGUAGUGAGUGUGGAAAGGCUUUCUGCCAUAAGUCAGCUCUAAUUGUACACCAGAGAACACAUUCAGAAGACAAGCCCUAUAAAUGUAAUGAAUGUGGAAAAUCUUUUUGUGUGAAGUCAGGACUUAUUUUGCAUCAGCGAAAACACACAGGGGAAAAGCCCUAUGAGUGCAGUGAGUGUGGGAAAGCCUUCAGCCACAAGUCAUCCCUCACAGUGCAUCACAGGGCUCACACAGGAGAGAAAUCUUGCCAGUGUAAUGAAUGUGGGAAGAUCUUUUACCGUAAAUCAGAUCUUGCUAAACACCAGAGAUCACACACAGGGGAGAAGCCCUAUGAAUGUAACACGUGUGGGAAAACCUUCUCUCAGAAGUCAAACCUCAUUGUACAUCAGAGAACGCACACAGAAGAAAAAUCUUACGGUUGAAGUGAACUUUAGAAAUGGUUGAGCCACAAUUCAGCAUCCACUGCACUUCAGAGAAUUCACACUGUGGAGAAUGCUCUGUUGACAUCCUGAAUGUUCAGUAACCUUUGUCUACAAACUGGCCUUAUUUUACUCCAAAGUAAUAACAUGGGACAAACCCAUAGACUGCAACAAGCAUAAGACAGCCUUGUUAAGAAGUAACAUUCCAUUGAAUGUCAUACAACUAAUUCUGGCAAAAAACCUCACAGGUUUUUUGACUUUGUAAAAGCUUCAGCAAAAAUACAAACUAGGUUAUGUCAGAAUUUAUAUUGGGGAGAAAUAUGUCCAUUUGAGACUAUAGCUUGAACAUUUUCUUUAGAAGUAAUGUAACAUUAGAAGUUGUGUUUUGGUUUUAAUGCCAUAGUUAUCUUUAGGAAGCAUAACUAAUUGUAGUUUAUAGAUGUAUAUUGUCCAUUGUAAAGCUUAAAAAACAAACAAACAAAACUCCAGUAAAAUGCAAUAGACUCAUAAGAAGUUGCAGUAAUAGUACAUGGAAUUCUCCUGUACCAGGCUUCCUCUAAUAAUAAUGUUACAGAACCAUAACAUAUUUUUAAGUACAAGAAAUUGAUGGUACUCCACUAGUCAGAUACUUACUCAGAUUUCACCAGUUUUUACGUGUAUUCUGUGUAUUUGGUUGUGUAUUUCUGUGAAAUUUUAUCGUCUGUGUAUUUGAAUAACUGUCAACACAGGUUACAAAAUCAAAAAGGAAUCUGGAAUUGGUAUUACAUGAAGAUUACAGGGGAAUCAGGAUUUCACCACAAGAAAGUUCCCUUCUGUUAAUAAUCAUAGCCUUUCUGCCACCCUAAUCCUGGCAACGAUUUGAGUAUGAAGCUUUUAAAAAACAGAUUAAAUUGAAUUGCUAGGGCAACAGCAUUAAACACAUGUGGUAUCUCUGAA